AUGGAUAAACCAACACCUAGAAUCAAUGCAUCUCUUUGUGAACAAUUUGUUGAUCAAACUGUACGAAUGAUCGUGAAAGUUAAAAAAUUAAAAGGAGAUACUGCAUUAGUAGAUUCUUCUGGAUUAAUAGAAGUCCAUCUAAAUCGAGAUUCUAAUUUUAUUGAAGGAAAUACAUUUGAAAUAAUAGGCAAAAUUAAUCCAAAUCUUUCAAUAAAUGUUUUAACUUCUAUAAAUUUUGGAAAAGAUAUAGAUUUCGGAGCAGUUGAUUCAGUUGUUGAAAUAUCUCACAAAUAUCAUGAAUUGUUUUAUUAA